AUGAACAACGCCUGUCCAAACUGCACCCUUCACAGAGAAUGCUCAAAACAGUUUGGAAUUCUUCUGUUGAUUGAGCGAUGGUCCGGACUGCAUUCCACCACCCAACUGUCUGCUAACAACCGCUUUUCUGUAAAUGCAGCAUCUGUGGCUCAAAACGCAGGGGACGUGCAAGGGUGUGGACGAAAUCCACAAGGAACGUCUACUGCAAUCCCACUUCCACAGUCAGGUUCUUCCAACGCACAAUCUGCAUCUCCACCCCCCACCCAAACCUAAAUGAAUUCAACGCAACACACUGAACAUAAUGAACUUCACCCAGAUUGUUAUAUCAACUAUAGUUUAAUACAAUAGAAAACUCGCACUAAUAAAACUAUAAAUAUUGUAUUUUAUUAUUCAAUUUUACUAAACUUUUCUACCUCUCCCCUUCUCUAUUGUUAGUUAUGUUUGAAAAGUUUUUAAUUAAAAGCAUUGAUUCUCUCAAGUAGAA